UCCCCCUGGAGGCGCACGGGCGCCCGGCCCUUCCCCAGAUGGAACCGCGCGGCGGCCGCCCCCCAGUGCGCCGGUGCCUCCCCGGGCACCCAGUGCGCAGGCGCCGGCCGUGAGGACCGACAGUGAGCUGGGCUCCAGCGAGGUCGGAGCGCGCGGCGCCAGCGGCAGCGGAGGCAGUGGCUGCGGACCUACCGACCCACGGACUGCAAACGGACGCUCGGACCCCCACCUGCAAGCACCCAGAGCCAGCGGCAGGACUGCGAGAACAGUCGGGCCUCAGUGGUGGUCACCUCACCAUGUCGCGCUGCACCUGCUGAACUAGGAGUGCCGAGGAUGUGCGCGCUGAGGCAGGUUUCCUCACGUGAAGCCCGGCCUUAGCACUUUGCCGUGUCUCCCCAGCUGCUGUGAAACACCCUUGGCCUGCACCAGCGUUGGCCACCAUGGGGACAGCUCAGGUGCUGCCCGGAAUCCUGCAGAAGCACUGCUGCAUUCUCCCGGACAGGAACACAGAGUCACAGUGUACGCUGUGUGGGGAGCCAGAGGAGGAGGACGGUGGAGACCUGGUCCAGCCGGGCCUCAGCUUUCCCGGGCCAGCAGAGGAGGAGCUAGACCAGGCAUACGCGUGGUCGCCUCCACCGCCGCCUUUCGAUGAAGACAGCUACGCCCCCGCUCCCAGGAGCAUGAAGGGGUUAUCGGCCAGCCGCGGCGCCCCAGCGCUGUGUUCCGGCCACACCUGUGGCCUUCCGCCGCCUGCAGACUGCGAGCUAGGCCAUGGGCACCUGCACCACGCACCCGAGGUGCGGCCGCCCUAUCUACUGAGCCCCACGGACCGCUGCUCGCCACGCAGCUCCGUGCACUCAGAGUGUGUGGCGAUGCCCGUGGCGCUGGGAGAGCCAGUGUCGAGUAGCACCUUCCCCAGGAUGCACUACAGCUCGCACCACGACGCCAGGGACGCCUGCACCGUGACCCACGCGGGCGCCAAGGCCCACCGCCUGCCGGCCACGCUGCUGGACCAGUUCGAAAAGCAGCUGCCGCUGCCCCGCGACGGCUUCCACACGCUGCAGUACCAGCGCGCACCAGCCGCUGAGCCACGCAGCGAGAGCCCAGGCCGCAUCCGGCACCUGGUGCACUCGGUGCAAAAGCUCUUCACCAAGUCGCACUCCCUGGAGGGCGCUGCCAAGGCCGGUGUCCACAGCGCCAGGGCGGACGGCCGGGCGGACGAGCGGCCCCACGGCGCACACGCACGGCAUGGCCGGCGCAGCAAGAGCAAGGAGCGCAAGCCAGAGGCCAAGCCGCGAGCCGGGCUCAGCAGCUGGUGGAGCUCAGAUGACAACUUGGACAGCGAUGGUACCUGCCGCAACACCGCCGCCGCUGCGCGCCUGGCAGCCUGCUACCCUGAGCCGCUGCGGGCCGGCCCCUUCGGCGACCUCUCCCUCAAGACCUCCAAGAGCAACAGCGACGUCAAGUGCUCAGCCUGCGAGGGCUUCGCCACCCCGGAUACUCGCUACAUGAAGCGCAGCUCCUGGUCCACGCUCACGGUCAGCCAGGCCAAGGAGGCCUACCGCAAGAGCUCCCUGAACCUGGACCAGCCUCUCUCCCACCCAGACCUCAAGCCUGCCCUGCGGCCGUGCCACUACCUCCAGGUGCCUCAGGACGAGUGGGGCGGGUACCCUGUGGGUGGCAAGCAGGAUGAGAUUCCCUGCCGCAGGAUGCGCAGCGGGAGCUACAUCAAAGCCAUGGGUGAUGAGGAGAGUGGCGGCUCUGACUCCAGCCCCAAGACAUCCCCGAAGGCUGCCCGGCCAGAGCCCCUGUUGAGGCCUCUGGGUACAAGGCCACUGGAAGACCUGCACACACAGAGCUACCUGGAUGCGGCCAGUGACGUGCCUGUGGGCCACAGCCUGGAGCCAUCUGCCAGCUAUAACUCCCCCAAGUUCCGUUCCAGGAACCAGAGCUACAUGCGGGCCGUCAGCACCCUGAGCCAGGCCAGCUGUGUGAGCCAGAUGAGUGAGGCUGAGGUGAACGGGCAGUUCGAGUCAGUCUGUGAAUCGGUCUUCGGCGAGGCUGAGACUCAGGCCAUGGAUGCCCUGGACCUCCCUGGCUGCUUUCGCACCAGGAGCCACAGCUACCUGCGCGCCAUCCAGGCUGGCUACGCCCAGGACGACGAGUGUGUCCCCGUGCUCACACCCUCCGACAUGGCCUCAGGCAUCAGGCCCACCACGGCUGCCUCGUACGCCCACUACAAGAAGACGCCCCCGCCUGUGCCGCCACGCACCACCUCCAAGCCACUGAUCUCCGUCACAGCCCAGAGCAGCACCGAGUCCACACAGGAUGCCUACCAGGAUGGCCGUGCUGCUAGGCUGCCACCCUGGGCCCAGGACGGCCGUGGCCUGUAUGGCUCCACAGACAGCCUGGACAGCAGCAAGGCUGUGAGCCUGGCCCUGGAGGCAGCAGCAGCCCAGCGUCAUGCCGCUGAGGGUCAGCGCACUGGGGACAAACCCAUACCAGCCACCAAGGCUGAGGAGUUUCUCAGGAACCGGCGCUCAUCCAUCGGUGUCCAGGACUCUGAGUUCCCCGAGCCUCAGCCAUCCCCAAGGUCAGAUGUGGAGACGGCUACUGACUCCGACACGGAGAGCCGUGGCCUGCGCGAGUUCCACUCGGUUGGGGUGCAAGUGGAAGAUGAGAAACGGCACGGCCGCUUCAAGCGCUCCAACAGCGUCACAGCAGCGGUGCAGGCCGACCUGGAGCUGGAGGGCUUCCCGGGCCAGGUGCCCACGGAGGACAAGGGGCUGCAGUUCGGUUCAUCCUUCCAGCGGCACUCGGAACCCAGCACGCCCACACAGUAUGGAGCGCUGCGUACCGUGCGCACUCAAGGCCUCUUCAGCUACCGCGAGGACUACCGCACGCAGGCAGACGUGGCUGCUUUGCCACCCGCCGACCCCUGGUUGGAGCCCUCGCUGGAGCCGAGUGACAGCGGGCGGAUGUCCCCGUGCAGGCGCGACGGCUCGUGGUUCCUGAAGCUGCUGCACUCGGAGACCACGCGAAUGGAGGGUUGGCGCCAGGAGAUGGAGCGCGAGGCAGAGGAUAAGGACCUAGCAGAGGAGAUUCUCGGUAAGAUUCGGAGCGCUGUGGGGAGUGCCCAGCUCCUCAUGUCCCAGAAGUUCCAGCAGUUCUAUUGGUUGUGCCAGCAGAACAUGGACCCCAGCGCCAUGCCGCGGCCCACGUCUCAGGACCUGGCCGGCUACUGGGACAUGCUGCAGUUGUCCAUCGAGGACGUCAGCCUCAAGUUUGACGAGCUGCAGCGGCUCAAACUCAACGACUGGAAGGUGGUGGAGUCGCCCGAGAGAAAGGAGGAGCGGAAGGUGCCCCCGCCUAUACCAAAGAAGCCCCCCAAAGGGAAGCUGCCCAUCGCGCGGGAGAAGUCGCUGGACCUGCCCGACCGGCAGCGCCAGGAGGCCCGGCGGCGGCUGCUGGCGGCCAAGCGCGCCGCGUCCUUCCGCCAGAGCUCGGUGGGCGAGCGCGCCGACAGCAUCGAGAUCUACAUCCCCGAGGCACAGACGCGGCUCUGAGCCGGACCCCGCAGGCUCCCGCACCUUUUGUUACUCCCGUUUUUUAUAACCUGCGUGAAGGACCAAGAAUCACUGCUCCCGCGCUCACCAGGUGGCAGGUGCUACAGCCGCAGGCGCGGGACCGAGGCCCGCGCCCCGGACCUCGAAGCCGAGAGGGACCGGCGGGCCCUCCUUCCAGGGGCCCCGGCCACGCGACGCGCACGGAGCUCAGCCGCGGUUUUUACUCCUUUGUAGCGCGCGGAAUCCCGCCCCACACCUCCAGGCCUCACCGCCAGGGUGCGUGCGGGUCUAGUC